AUGUGGCUGACCGGAGAUCGAGUGCCGCGCUUACCUGGGUAUGUCUCCGUUGGAUCUCGCAGGUACGCGGAGUGGCAGAACGACGUGUCUGAGCCCGCCGACGUGCAGGGGCCUGUUGUGGAGCGGCCGCAGUACACAACGCCGACGGCGAUCUUGACCCGGCCAGCGAAGAGAGCAGAGGUGGCCACGGUGCGCACCGAGUGCGUGGCGUCCAAGCGCCCCGACGAUUCCAACCCGGAAGAGUCGUGCGGCAACCCCACCGCGUCUCACUCGACGCCCGGCGGGGACGAGCAGCCCAAGAACAGCGACGAACUCGGCACCGGAGAAACGCGCCAUGGUUUCGCAACUUCGCAGGGGGCGGAGAGACCAUCGGGUGAUUACGACGCUGGAAAUACAGCCUGCGACACGGAUUGUUUGAAGGAUCAAGGCUGCGACCGGCCCCAGCCGGUGCGAUAUGGUGCAUCUAAUCAAGAUCGAGUGGUUGCGACGGGUGGAAAUCAGGUGUCUCAUCAAGAUCGAGUGGUUGCGACGGGCCCAAAUUAG